CUGCGAACCGAUGAUGUACGCGUCCCCGGUACCUGCCAAGUCAGGCCUUUAUGUACUUCGCUCUCCCUCUCGUCACCUGUUCAUUCCUCUCGUAUCCAUUUAGCACCUGACAUUCGUCUGACCACUAAUCUCCAACACUACAACUACUCCAAUCUUCCUGAGUUCGCCAACUAUCAAACACUAGCAACACAAACCAAUCAUCAUGGCAAUGGAGAGUGCCCAUCAUGCGUUGAUUGAUCCUCUGAUCGAACCAGACCCAAGCGACGAGACUGGACUCAACAGCCACUUCCGUUCCACAUAUGCUCCCGCAGCACCCAUCACACCACCCGGAUCCGCUGGAGAGACCAAAGGCCACCCAACCGUCAGUGUCCACAAUACCGGUAGUUCCGUCGAGACCAACCCAUUCCGCCGUUCCAGGGCUUCAUCCGAGUCAAAGGGCGCUUCGGCUUCAGUAUCGCAGGUUGGACAAACUACACCGCAGAGUAGGAGGUAUGAUUACCCAUCCCCUCCCGCCUCUGCAAGCCCCAGACGUGCCCACUUCUCCGACAACCACCGCGCGGAAAUCUUCGGACCCAUGAACGGAAGCCGGCCUCGACGAUCCAGCGACAAUGCCCCUACAUCCAUGAAGAAGAGCGGAGUUACGCGCGACCGCUCUGGCUCAUUGAGAGAGCGCUAUCCUGGUGACAAGUCACACAGGCCUCUUGACCAAUUGCGUCAUGAUGAGAAAGUUGCUCACCGUGCUCCUCAUCUUAGGAAAAAGAACUUCCAAGGCGCCGACGUCAUCGAUCGUCUCGAUAAGACACCCUUCGGUCGGUACCACCACGAGGGCCCGUAUGACGCUGCCAGUCUCGCUCGCAACCGCGUCGAAAAAUACAGUCCCCUCGCGGCGGUCAAGGAUUCAAACGAGGAGGCUCUGAAGGCUACUCCACGGGAGAACAUCGUCGACUCUGUACAGAGGCACCGUCCUUUGGAGGGUGUCGCUAUCGUACCACCUGGCAUGGCAGAUCGUUUCGGAAGGGUUCUCAAUUAUGAAGAGGGAGCUGACCUGAUGCGAGAGCCUGGAGCUGAUUACCGUCGCUGGCCUGGUGUUGAAUACCACCCAGACGAUCUCAAGGGCAAGGGCGAACCCUCCUACUCCAUUGACAAGGCCCUGAAGGACCACAAGCGCUUCGGCGACAGCGGUACGGAGAUGACCACCCGCAGCUCUCGCACUCGCAGCGUUGGCCAUGCCGAAGCACCCGGCAUCGUGCCCUCCGUCGCCACCGACGCCGAAGCCUCUGGCAUCGGCCGCAGCAACACCACUGGCAGGAGUGUUGGCGGCGCAAUCAAGAGGCGCCUCGGUAGCAUCCGUCGUCGCAAGCAAGAAGCCGAGAUCUAGGGGAUCCCGCUCUUUCCACGCUCCAAGCGCUUCUCUGAAGUUCCACACACACACGCAACGGCUUGAUACCCAUUCCGUUUUGAGCGACUUUCCGAAAUUGUACAAAUACGCAUCGCAUACUGACGCAUAUUGAGCGUCCUUGUUUUCCUUUCACUUGUGGCUCGACAAUAUUAGCGCAUAGAUGACGUACAUUCAUGGUAUAUCAUAGUUUGCACCGCAUAUGGGGGCUUGAUAGGAGCCGUGUACGAUAUACGAGUAGUUUUUAGUAGGUUACGAAUAAUGACACAUAACUUGUCUAAGCUUGCGCCAAAUGUUCAAAGUG